UUUCUUCUUCUCUAUAAACCCAUUUUCUAGUUCUGAUCUCCAUUCAUUCUCUGUUUCAAACCUCAUAUAUCAUAUAUAAUCCAAUCAAGAGAAAUGGAUCAAGCAGAGCUUUGCAGGAUAUUCCAAAUGUUCGACAGGAACGGUGACGGAAAAAUCACAAAGCAAGAGCUGAAUGAUUCAUUGGAGAAUCUAGGAAUCUACAUUCCUGACAAAGACCUGGUGCAGAUGAUCGAGAAGAUUGAUCUCAACGGUGAUGGGUACGUGGACAUCGAAGAGUUUGGAGGGUUGUACCAGACGAUAAUGGAGGAGAGAGACGAGGAGGAAGACAUGAUAGAAGCUUUCAAUGUGUUCGAUCAGAACAGGGACGGGUUCAUCACGGUGGAGGAGCUAAAGUCUGUGUUGGCUUCCUUGGGGCUCAAGCAAGGAAGAACCCUAGAGGAUUGCAAGAGGAUGAUAAGCAAAGUGGACGUUGAUGGAGAUGGGAUGGUGAACUUCAAAGAGUUCAAACAGAUGAUGAAAGGUGGUGGAUUCGCCGCCUUAGGAUCAAACUUGUAAUAACAAACAAACAAACAAAAAAACCAUUUUUUCGGGUUCGGGUUUGAGACCAAAAAUCAUU